UCUGUGGCGAGCAUUGUGUUCAACACAUCAGUGGUUUAUCUUUAGAGUGGGGUUAGUUAAGAAAAAUUAGUCAUUUUUAUGCAGGUUUUCACAUUGUAUCGUUGUUUUAUAAUAUGCCUUAAGUGGGAUUGUGCUUUUUGAUGAGUAAAUAUGGGUCAAAAGGUUUCACGAAAUGAUUUUGAAUGGGUAUACACAGAAGAACCCCACGCGUCUCGUCGCAAAAUAAUUUUGGAAAAGUAUCCUCAAAUAAAAAAACUAUUUGGAUAUGAUCCAAAAUUCAAAUGGGUUGCCGGUAGCAUGGUAAUGUUACAAAUCUUGGCUUUGUUUUUUGUAAAGGAUUUUUCUUGGCCUUUAUUAUUAAUAGCAGCUUAUUGUUUCGGAGGUAUAUUAAACCAUUCGCUUAUGCUGGCGGUACAUGAAAUUUCACACAAUUUGGCUUUUGGACAUGGCCGUCCCAUGCAUAACCGCAUUUUGGGAUUUAUAUGCAACCUUCCCAUUGGGUUACCGAUGUCAAUAUCUUUUCGUAAAUAUCACCUGGAGCACCAUAGAUACCAAGGAGACGAGGGUAUAGAUACCGAUAUUCCUACUUUAUUAGAGGCUAAGCUGUUUGAUACAACUUUUGGAAAGUUUGUUUGGGUUUGUUUACAACCAUUUUUCUACAUAUUUCGACCACUAGUCAUAAAUCCAAAACCACCCAGCGGACUUGAAAUUAUCAACACUAUUAUUCAGUUUAUUUUUAACACAUUUGUCGUUUAUUUCUUUGGAUGGAAAGCACUAGCUUAUCUAGUGAUCGGUUCUAUACUGGCAAUGGGCUUACAUCCUGUGGCCGGACAUUUUAUUUCGGAGCACUAUAUGUUCGCAAAAGGUUUCGAAACAUACUCAUAUUAUGGACCUCUGAAUUGGAUAACAUUUAACGUGGGAUAUCAUAACGAACAUCACGAUUUUCCUGCUGUUCCAGGUUCGAGACUGCCUGAUGUAAAACGCAUCGCUCCCGAAUUUUACGAAGCAAUGCCCCAACAUACGAGCUGGUCACGAGUCCUUUAUGAUUUCGUUACCGAUCCUGCUGUUGGUCCAUACGCUCGUGUCAAACGUCAUCAGCGAGGACUCAAAACAUAAAACUUAAUCUAAUAAAAAUUUAAAGAAAAAUUUUGCAUAUAUUCACAACGUAUUGAAAAUAAUCCUCUAUUUAUAUGAAAUAAUGAAUAAAACGUCAUUUAUUUUAUGUGCA